AUGUCCGACUUUGCUCCUCCCCCCGGGCCUCCGCCCCCCAAGGCGCCUGAGGUGCCUCCUGGCUGGACCGCGCAAUGGAACGAUCAAUACAAAGAAUGGUUCUACGUAAACCUCCACACCAAACAAUCCCAAUGGGAAAAACCCACCGCCCCCGCCCUCCCCCAAGAAACCCGUCCACCCCCGGACGCCCCACCCGGCUACGCUCCCCCCGCAGACGGCACGCCACUCCCCAGCGACACCAAAAUAAAUCCUUACUUCAAGGACGGCAACGAUGACCAGUCCUCGUCCUCCAAGAAGGCCCAGGAGGAGGAAGAUGCGCGGUUAGCCCGCGAGCUGCAGGACCAGGAGAACGCGGCGCAUAGAGCCGGUAGCAGCGGUGGACCGGGACAGGUGCCCGCACAGCAGAGUUAUCUCCAGCAUCAGUAUCCUCCCGCCGCAGGGUCUCCGGGGCCGUAUCAGCAGGGGCAGGAUGCGACGAGGUCGAAGGGUAAGGGAGGAUUCUUGGGGAAGUUGCUCGGCAAGGCCGGGAGCAAGGUAGGAGGAGGGUCGCAUGGCGGUCAGCCCGCGCAGGGAUACGGUGGUUAUGGCGCCCCGCCAGGUGGUUCCUAUCCUCCGCAGCACGGCGGAUAUGGUGGUCCGCAGGCGUAUCCUCCCCAGGGAGGGUACGGGGCCCCGCCGCCUCCCCAGGGGUAUGGAUAUGGACCGCAGCCUCCGUAUGGGGGGUAUCCGCCCUACGGCCAGCAGCCGGGAUAUUACCCGCAGCAGCAGCACGCUCCUAAGAAGAGUGGACCUGGUAUGGGAGGCGUGGCCGCCGGUGCGGCGCUGGGUGUUGGUGCGGGGUUGAUUGGUGGUGCGUUGGUUGCUGAUGCGGUGAAUGAUGCGCAGCAUGAUGCCUAUAUGGACGGUUAUGCGGAUGGACAGAAUGAUGACUUUGGUGGUGGUGAUGAUUUUGGAGGUGACUUCUGA